CUGCAAAGUUACAUAUAGUAGAUUUCUCUCAGCAUUCCUCGUCCAUUGCUCAUCAUCAUCAUUUCAUCGUCGUCGUCAAUUAGCUAGAUAAUAGAGCUUCACUCUCGGCCUCAACUAAAUUAACGCCUCACUGAACCACCACCAGCCACCCCUUUCGACACGCUCCGAUGGACGGCUUGACCUGACUGACGGAAAUAAGGUAGGAAGGAAGGAAGGAACAAAUCAUCCUCCGGCCGGACAUUUAUUCUUCAUCACCAACGAACGAAGGAAAUUCAACUUUAAUUAAAUUAAUACGAACGAGGUUGGCUUUAGUAUUUUGGAGAAAGUCUUGAAUAUUGAUUUCAAGCAGCUGCACUCUGUCCAGAAGGGAGAAUUAAUUAAUUCAAGAUCCUUUUCACUAAGAAGAUUUGUAGUUAUCAAGAGUAUGCCAAAGAAUGUCGAAAACUAAGAUUCAAGCUAGAAGCUCUAGUUCGCACGUCGAAGUUAAAACAAAGUUCGAAGCCGAGUUUCGAAGAUUUGGGGUUGAUCGUACAUCGAAAGCGACCUUUGAAGAGUUUCGAUCUCUGCUCGAACGACUCCACCACCUUGAAGAGAUCCCAUUUCUUGUCAGUUAUACAGAUCCUAAAGAUGGUGACCUUCUUCCCAUUAAUAACGACGACAAUCUCUCGCUCGCUCUUCAAAAUGCUAGACCUCUUCUCCGCGUCCUCAUUCAGAGGAAAGGCACCUCUGCUCCUGACGUCAAUGGAGGGACUUUGAUGCACAAUAGGAAUCGGACUUUGAUUUCUUCCCUUUUAACGCCGAGACAGAAAAUCACGACACAUCCUACCAUUUCAAAUCCGCAAGAUUUUCGUCAAGUAUCUGCAAUAAUUGAUGUUGACAUUGUUCCUGAAACGUGUAGAAGGGUGAAACUAUUAAAACACCAAAAUUCUGACAAACCAUUAGGGUUUUACAUUAGGGAUGGAACAUCGAUACGAGUUACGACAAACGGACUGGAGAAAGUGCCUGGAAUUUUUAUAUCAAGGUUGGUGCCCGGUGGAUUAGCAGAGUCAACAGGAUUGUUGGGUGUAAAUGAUGAGGUGUUGGAAGUAAACGGGAUCGAAGUAGCAGGAAAGACAUUGGAUCAAGUGACGGAUAUGAUGGUGGCCAAUAGUUCCAAUUUGAUCAUUACCUGCAGACCGGCCAAUUACCAAAAUUCAAUGCCUCGAAGGGGUUCACUUACACGCACUUCACAAAUGUCACAGGGUUCUCAUCUUUCAGCAAGCUCACAACAAUCCGGCUCUGAUGAUGACAAGUACGAUGUGGAUGAAAUACGAGACUUGACUGGAAUUCAUUUAGAUGACCCACCAGCACAUAACAGUAAUCACAACCCAGGAGAUGAAUUGCACCUGUAAUAACUUUCAUUUGUGUGUCAUCUUGUGCGCUACCGACCGCUGCUGAUUAAAUAAUAGCCAGCUAAUUUUCCAUAUAUAAUAUCGUCAGUCAGUGAACAGUGAUUUGCCAAAUGAAGUGUCGACAGACAGGAGUGAAAGUGUAAAAAUUUACAAAUGCACGGCACGGUUGUUGUAGUACUAGUAGUACCUGUACACUCUUCUUCAUAAUUGAUGGACUCGUCUUCCUUAUUGAACAAUAUUUGCGCUGCUAGUGGAAUUUGGAAGAUGUUUAUUAUUUUUAACCAACCACCAAUCAAGACACCAGUCAGACCUUUUAUCAUACACCGUGUAGUCUCCUUGAAAUCAAAAAUCGCCAUGCAUCGGUCUUGUUUUUUAUUAUUCUUAAUAAGUUUACCUAUGAUGUAUACUAAAACCUAUUAAUAAUUUUUAAUAGUGAAUCUAGCAAUCAUCAUGAAUGAAUUCGCCAUUAUAUGGCCUAAUUACAAUUAACCAACUGCGAGCUUUCAAUCAGAACAUGAGAAAACGAACAAAUCGACGGCGACACAAAUUUUUUAAUAAUUUUUUGAACGUCAUCAUGCACAUAAUAUUUAUAAUGCCCAAUUACACGAAUGUGAUGAGUUUUUAUUUAGCAGUUGUUCACGUAAUUAUAGCACCUGUUGUACGCUAACCAUACUAACAACAUGUCAACGCAAGUGAUAAUUGAUGACGGUUUUGGACCACGCACGGGGGAAUGACACACAUUCGUGACUUCCACCAUCCUGCCUUUUUAAUAACAUAUACCUUCACAUUUUACCUUGAUAACCUUAACGAAUUGUGGUAGACUGGAAGCCAAACAUUCUUCCAAGAUUGAGCAAAAUACUAAUAUGUAAUAAGAAUAUGAUAAUAGUAAUACUAACAUUUGCCUUCAUUUGUGCACUGUCAGACUUUUUUAAUAGUUGGUAGUAGCAGUAGAGACCACAACAAGAAAUGAAUUAUUAGGCAGGGAGGACAAUUUGCUGCUCUUCCUGAUAAUCUAGUUUUAGUAGUGCCUUCCAUUACAUAUAUUGUCGUUGACCUACUAUUAUAUAUUUAAUCGUAAUACGAUACGAAGAUACGAUGCAUUCCAUUUUGUAUGUAUUGCGCCCAACAUUUAUGCUUUUCUGUACCACUUUUUUGACUCGUGUAUUUAUUAUAUACUGAUGGACAACUUAUUUUAUACUUUGCCUGAUUACUAUGCUGUACGAAAAUGUCAUAUUUUGCCCUAGGAAUCAUGGAUUGAAUUAUUAUUUGAAUUAUUAUUUACUUUGCAUGCGUACAUUACUAUAAAACUAUUUCUGAUGACUUGUUUAAACAAUUUUAGUAUAUUUACACACACAUGGCCCUCAAACUUUAAAUAAAUACGAGGCUUUUUUAUUAUUAUACACACAAAUACCGUUUUAUGCUGACCAUGUCAAAAAUGAAUGCAACAAGACUAAUAAAAAAAUUAGUGUUUCUACAGCA